UAGUAAUGCCGACCUUUAAGAUGAAACACAUCUGUUAAACACGUAGCGUGUAGCUCAAGCUGUUUUGGCGCUUGGCACACUGCAUUCGUCCGUGUUUUGGAGCCGAGUAAAAAAACCCAUUGAUCCCGCCACAGCACGGCGUUGCCCAUAUUUGGCGCGAGCGUAGGGCUUUAACCAUAUAUGGGCGAGAUUUCCCAGAAUUUGGGGCGUUGGCCGAGUACAAAAGGAGCCGAUUCGCGCGGCCAACCGUGGAGUUUCAGGUACCCGAGCAAGAGAGAACACCUCCUGUCAUCAACUAUUACAACCAGGUUUCCUCUGAAGUAAUUCUACACAUACAAAGUAACCACAAUGGAAGACGACGUCGCAGCACUUGUGAUCGAUAACGGCUCCGGCAUGUGUAAGGCCGGGUUUGCCGGAGACGACGCGCCCAGGGCCGUCUUCCCGUCCAUCGUCGGCAGGCCAAGACACCAGGGUGUGAUGGUCGGAAUGGGUCAAAAGGACAGCUAUGUCGGUGACGAGGCCCAGAGCAAGAGAGGCAUCCUAUCACUCAAAUACCCCAUCGAGCACGGCAUCGUCACCAACUGGGACGACAUGGAGAAGAUCUGGCACCACACCUUCUACAACGAGCUGCGUGUCGCCCCGGAGGAACAUCCAGUUCUUCUGACGGAGGCACCGCUCAACCCCAAGGCUAACAGGGAAAAGAUGACACAGCUUAUGUUCGAGACCUUCAACACCCCCGCCAUGUACGUGGCCAUCCAAGCCGUGCUGUCCCUGUACGCCUCCGGCCGCACCACGGGGAUCGUGAUGGACUCCGGGGACGGCGUGACCCACACCGUGCCGAUCUACGAGGGGUACGCCCUGCCGCACGCCAUCCUCCGUCUGGACCUGGCCGGGAGGGACCUGACAGACUACUUGAUGAAGAUCCUGACAGAGCGGGGCUACACCUUCGUCACAACAGCUGAGAGAGAAAUCGUCCGUGACAUCAAGGAGAAGUUGUGCUACGUCGCCCUGGACUUCGAGCAGGAGAUGGCCACGGCCGCCUCCAGUUCCAGUCUGGAGAAGAGCUACGAGCUGCCGGACGGACAGGUCAUCACCAUCGGUAACGAGAGGUUCCGCUGCCCAGAGACACUGUUCCAGCCUUCUUUCAUCGGUAUGGAGUCAACUGGCAUCCACGAGACCACGUACAACAGCAUCAUGAAGUGCGACAUCGACAUCCGUAAGGACCUGUACGCCAACACCGUGCUGUCCGGCGGCACCAGCAUGUUCCCCGGCAUCGCCGACCGUAUGCAGAAGGAGAUCACCGCCCUGGCACCCAGCACCAUGAAGAUCAAGAUCAUCGCUCCUCCCGAGAGGAAGUACUCCGUGUGGAUCGGCGGGUCCAUCCUGGCCUCCCUGUCCACGUUCCAACAGAUGUGGAUCAGCAAGCAAGAGUACGACGAGUCUGGGCCGUCUAUCGUCCACCGUAAAUGCUUCUAAACAUACACAUCAAGUCUUGUUGCGUCUACUGUAAACUGAUUGAGAUUUUCUUAGCUCUGGCUGAACGGCCUGUGGUUAAUACGUUCUGUCUUUUGUAGUAUCUUUUGUAGCAGAAAGACAUAAGUAUUUUUGUACUCUAUCGACGAAUCACGAUCGACCUUGCUCUAUUGUUUGACCAAGUUUACGCUGCACUUUUAUCAUUUCUGAAUGUAUGAUGAUUUCAGUACUAUGUAGCGAUUAGGAAGAUUAUGCAAUUGUUACCUGCUUUGAUAGUCAACCUACUAAUAAUAACGAUAAAAAUGACGUGUAGAAGAUCAUAAGAGAAUUACUAUGGCAAUUGCAAGGCGUUAGGUGUAGAGUUGUUGUUUUUUGUGUACUGAAAUUUGCGAGCACACGACCACUACCCUGAUUGUAUCAUAUUUUUGCUAUGUUGGAGAGGGACCAUUAGGGUUUAGAAGUACGCUGUCAUGUAAGACAGUAUGUUUGUUGAUGUUAGAACCCAAUGGCUAUAGUGAAAACCACUAGAGAUUGUCGUUUUUAUAUAUAUUUGAGAUGUUUUUUUUUGUAUCAUUUUUGGCUACUUCGGUUACAUUUCCAAAAAACACCAUCAUGUUGCAAGCUAGAAGGAAACAAUGUAAAAGAUAUUCAAUUGUUCAUACGUGUUGAUUUUAUACCCAAGUUGAUUUUAAGGGCCAAGAAAAGCGUGGCGAAGCAAAGUGGUAUUUUCUGAGUUACGAACUGUCUUCCUAAUCUAUUCUUACUGGUGUACAAAGUCUCGCUCUUCCCUGUCAACUUGAUUCUCUCCCUCUCUUUUCUUUGUGCUCAUUUCUAUCGAGAGAGUCCACGUUUGGUCUGAGAGAAUAAACCUGGAAUAUGCAAGGAA